AUGACUACUUUUUCUCAUAUUCCACCUGGAUUUAGAUUUCACCCAACUGAUGAAGAACUUGUAGAUUACUAUCUUAGAAAGAAAGUUGCAUCAAGAAGGAAUGACAUAGAUGUCAUAAAAGAUGUUGAUCUCUACAAAAUUGAGCCAUGGGAUCUUCAAGAAAAAUGUAAGAUAGGCAUAGAAGAGCAGAAUGAAUGGUACUUUUUCAGUCAUAAAGACAAGAAAUAUCCAACUGGAACUCGCACAAAUCGAGCAACUAUAGCUGGAUUUUGGAAAGCAACUGGAAGAGACAAACCAAUCUACUCAAAAAAUAAUUUAGUUGGAAUGAGAAAGACCUUGGUCUUUUAUAAAGGUAGAGCACCAAAUGGGCAAAAGCUGGAUUGGAUUAUGCACGAAUAUCGACUUGAAACAAAUGAAAAUGGCCCUCCUCAGGAAGAAGGAUGGGUAGUCUGCAGAGUAUUCAAGAAAAAAGCAACAUCAACCGAAACCCUAAUCAACCAUGACUCCUCUUCAUACCAUUGGUAUGAUGAAAACCUUCCCUUCUUACCACAAUUUGAUUCAACAAAGAAAUUAACAUGUCAACACAGUGAAAUCUCUCAUCAGCCCUCUCCUUAUUUCAACUGCAAACCAGACCUUGAACUAGUCAGUCACCACCAUCUUCCUCAAGAUCACACAUUCCUUAAUCUCCCUCACCUUGAAAGCCCCAAGUUACCUCACUUCAUCAACCAUGAGACUUUGCAGAAUAAUCAACAGCUUCAGAUUGUCACAGAUUGGAGAGUUUUCGACAAAUUUGUAGCGUCGCAACUAAGUCAGGAAGAUGUCUCAAAAGAAUCAGAUUUCUGUAAUGCAGGGAAAGUCUUUGAAGUUGCAGAUAAGGAGAUUGCAGUUGCAGAAUGUGCAUCUACGUCAACUUCAAGUGAACAGAUUGAUCUAUGGAAGUGA